UUAUAAAGCAGGUGAAAAACGUGUUUCUGCUCAGCAGCAUCGCUGGCCGGCGGUUCCUUAGCAGUUUGAUGGGCUCUGGCCCUCGUAACACAGCAAUGUCGUGCGUGGAGGCUACUGGAAACGGUGAUACGGUUGAGACGACUGCUAGUCAACUUCCCUUGGACCUUGUCGCCAGAAUCGACAAGGUGCCGCAGACUUCGGUAACUGAAGGCAAAGCGGAGGUGUUUUUCCCGAGUUCACAUGAUGUGUUUUACAAUCCGGUACAAGAAUUUAACAGGGACAUGAGCAUUGCAGUCAUCCAAGAGUUCAUUGCCACCAGAAGGGAAGAGUUGGCCAAUGAGAAGACUGCUCAGAAUGUAGACCCACAGACAUAUAAAGUUAGCAUCCUCGAGGCAUUGGCGGCAUCCGGGCUGCGUUCUAUACGUUAUGCACUGGAGAUCAGCGGUGUUAAAAAGAUCCUGGCCAACGACUACUCGACGCAGGCCGUGGAGAGCAUGAGGGCCAACAUUGCACACAACAAGGUCGGCCACAUUGUUGUGCCAAACCGUGACGAAGCAGCGCUGCUAAUGCACAUGCACAAGACAGAUCGAUUUGACAUCAUUGACCUUGAUCCGUAUGGAAGCCCGGCUCCAUUUCUGGAUGCAGCUGUGCAGGCUGUGCAAGACAAAGGGCUGCUUUUGGUGACUUGCACAGACAUGGCCAUCCUGUGUGGGAACAGCAGUGAGACCUGCCGUGCAAAGUAUGGUGCCGUCUCGCUCAAGACCAAAUGUUGCCAUGAAAUGGCGCUGCGUAUAGUUCUCCAGAGCAUCGAGUCCCACGCCAACCGCUACGGCCGUUACACCGAACCGCUCUUGGCCAUCAGUGUCGACUUUUAUGUCAGGGUGUUUGUGCGGGUGUACACUGGGCCUGCCAUCGUCAAGCGCUCUACAAGUAAGCUUGGCCUGGUGUACCAGUGCAGUGGCUGUGAGACGUUUUCCCUCCAGCAGUUGGGGCGCUGUACGGAAAGGGAAAACAGGAGUUUCAAGUUCAGUCCAGCUGUCGGUCCACCCGUCGGUCUUACCUGUUCACACUGCGGCCACAAACACCACAUUGGCGGACCUGUUUGGAUCAAUCCGCUGCACAAUCUCAACUUUGUCCAGCAGCUGAUUCGCCGCGUCAGUGCGAGUCCUGAGCUUUAUGGAACAUCCAAGAGGAUGCUGGGCAUCCUGCACAUGCUUGCUGAGGAGCUUGAGGUUCCCCUGUACUUCCUGCUGGACAAGCUGGCAUCCACAUUGCGUGUCUCGACACCGAGCAUGCUUCACUUCAGGUCAGCACUGCUUAACGCCGGCCACCGGGUGUCCUUGUCACACGCAUGCAAGAACUCGAUCAAGACAGACGCGCCCAUGGAUUUCGUGUGGGACAUCAUUCGAACUUGGAAGCUGCAAAACCCUUCUAACAAGCCACUGGAACCAGGGUCACCUGGAGAAUACAUCAUGAGGACGAAGCCCAGUUCGCCGGUGAAUUUUUCAAUCCAUCCUGAUGCCAAUCCUUCAUCACGGGAGCAGCAGCUGUUGAGGUACCAGGUGAAUCCCGAACCCUGCUGGGGCCCCAAGGCCAGGGCCAAGACCAGCUUAUGGGCAGACAAGGAAGUUGAGAAGAGCCGGAGGUUGCAAGGGAAGCGCAAGUUGAAGGAAGCUUCAGCCGAUGAGCCAUCCGCAGCCAAAUCGCCAUCUGUGGCUGCAGGAGAACAAGAACGACAAGAAAAGACGACAGAGUGCAGUGAUGUCCCAGAAUCUGAGGAGAUGCAGGAUGCGAGUAAAAGCUAGACCGCAA